AUGGCAUCAUCUCGUAAGAAACAUGCACUCAUCUUCGGUGCCACUGGUCUCAUCGGCUGGGGAAUCGUGAAUGAACUUCUUUCGAGCUAUCCUCAACCCGGCGUUUUUUCAAGGGUUACUGCAGUAGCAAAUCGCUCACUCCUUGUAAGUGACACCCACUGGCCAGAAGGGUCCUCAAAAAUGCCAGAGCUACAGAUCGUGACAGGAAUCAAUUUGUUGGAGGGGACAUCGGAAGAUUUAGCCGCUUAUCUCAAGGAUUGUAUGAACGAUUUCGGUAGCAUCACGCACGUUUUCUAUACUGUCUUUGUCGCAAUCAACGAGGACUUUAUCAAAGAAGCCGAAACAAACUCCGUCAUGAUGCAACGGGUCGCCGAAGCCGUCAACAGCCUCUGUCAAAAUCUCGAGUCUUUUGUAUAUAUGGGUGGGACAAGGGGCUAUGGUAUUUACAUUCCAAACGGUAGCUUCACAGCACCACUCGAGGAAAGCAUGGUACACAACUUGUCUCCGGAAUACGCCAAAACAGUCGCAUACCCAGGAUACAGACGUGUUCUUACAAAGGCAUGCAAAGAUCGGAGUUGGAAGUGGUCUGAAAUUUGUCCGGAUGCUGUUGUUGGGUUCAGUCCAAUCGGGUCCAAUUUCUCACUCGCCUUACACUGGGCUCAAUAUCUUUCGUUGUACGCGUACAACCAUGGUCUACGUGAGCCAGCCGAUUAUGGUAAGGUUCAAGUCGCCUUUCCUGGAUCUGAGGGCGGGUACAAUGCAUUGUUCACGCCUGUCUCGACACGGAGUUUAGGCCGCAUCUCGAUUCAUGCUUCUCUCAAUUCUGAUAGGUGUGGCGGGAGGAUUCUGAAUGCAGUUGAUCAUGGUAGUCCGACUACUUUUCGCGAGCUGUGGCCAAAGAUCACCGGAUGGUUUGGUCUUCAGGGUGUCGGUCCUGCUGAAGAAUGUCAACUCAAGCCAAGCGAAUACAUAGAUAAAUACAGGUCACUGUUUGAAGACAAUGGAAAACCGAAAGCAGUCAGCGCUGGAGUUGGUGUGGGGAAUAAACAGCUCGACAGUGUCGGUUGGUGGUUGGAAUUCGAUCGACAACUAAGCCCAGACAGGCUGAGAGCGUCAGGUUUCGAGGAGGAAAGCAAUCCCAUUCAGGGUUGGCUGAAGGCUUUUGAGAAGUUCCGAGCAGCUGGCAUCAUUUUUUAG